CACAAAAUAAAACAGGGAAUGAUUUACUAAGUUACAGUUGGUAAAGACGUUUAAAGUGCUGUAGACGUUGACUAGCAAGUUCGAGCUAGGUUAACUAAGGGCUGUCAGCUGACAGGUGCUAAAGUAAAGUCCACGUUUCCAGUUUUUAUUUUUAUUAAAUCUAUUCAUCACCUGAAAUAAGCAAUCUCACGGGUUUCCAUCGUUAUUCAAGGUGUUAAUGAUGGUGAAUGGGGGGCAGACAGAAGGCCAGUCUGACCUGGCCACUAAUACACAACAGGUAUGCCGCUUCUUCUCUCAAGGCCGAUAUUGCACCUUUGGAAAAAGGUGUAAAUUUCUACAUGUGAGAGAUGACUACAAAGCUCAUGAGAGGAAAACCGGUGCGACGGGCUCCAAGUCAGACCCCUCACCGUCAGAGUCUCAGGGCGUCACUGAGACUGAGGGCCACAAGCUCCCUUUGAGCCAAAAACCCAGGACUGCUGGCCGCCGCCCCUGCCGCUACUUCCUCUCAGGCCACUGCACCAUGGAGGAGAGAUGUCGUUUCUGGCAUCCACCACAGGCACCUCAGGUGGAUGAUCCACCGGUUUUUAACAAUCGCACAGCUAGUGUUCCUGCAGCACCCCAACACAGGGGCCCCCAGGAAGUGAAGCUGUGUGACGUGACAGAAGAUAUGGCCCAGCAGCUGCGAGACACUGAGAUCAAGCAGUUGAAGAAGCGUUUUCCCAAAGACCAGAUGAUUAUUCAGGAACGAAGUGAUGGCAAAGUGACGUAUUACAGGGUGUCUGUGGAAGCCAGUGAUCCAGACUGGCCUUUUGAUUUGAAAGAAAUUGAUAUCAUGGUGAGCUUCCCAGACAACUAUCCCCAAGAGGUAUUCUCAUUGGAUAUACCAUUGGAUCAGGAUCUACCACCAGUAAUGGCAAAGCAUGUACAGCAAGCAUCUGUUGAGUGGCUUCAAGCCAAGCAUGCAACCAAUCAGCUGUUGGGAAAGGUAGAGCUCCUGUUCCGGCCUUUUCUUCGCUGGCUGGACCGUAGCUUGGAGAGAUUGUUCACCGAAGGAGCCAGACAGUUAAAAAAAGACAUUGAUUUAGAAAAAGCUGGACUGCAGUUUAUAUCAUACCAAGAGCUCCAGGCGACAGCAUGUGAAAAAUCCAACCCUGCGGCUGAAGUUGCUGCCGCAGAUCCAGAUGAAGGCACCUGGGAUGCAAGUGAAAAGACAGAAGAUGAGGACCCAACUAAGGAAGAUAAAUUGGUGCAGCAGGAGACUCUUGAUUGUGAUAAAGAUCAACAGCAAGCGGAGGCAAGUCAUUUGGUGGAGAACAUUAAGAUCAGUGAUCCCCGCAGAGGGACAGAGGUGAAGCUGCUGGGUCUGAGGCUGGGGGAGAACACAGCCACUGUUGUUGCUCAGCGGAUUACUGUUUGUCUGCAGUGUCAUAGGUGUAAGGUGACUGCAGACCUGACACUGACUGGAAGGACACCCUGCACAGCUCAGUGUGAGAAAUGUAAUGCUGACAUAAAUGCUGCAUUCAGGCCCUGCAUGCUGCACCAUUACAGUGACGUCCUCGGGUACUUGGAUCUCUUCAAUGCUGCACCGGCGGACCUCGUACUUCAGGAAUGUGAACUGGUGGUGGGAUGCCUCAGCUGCUCUCAGGAUGUUCCUGUGCAGAACCUUCUCUAUGGACAAACAAAGGAGCUUAAUUGUGAACACUGCAACAGCAAACUCAGCAUUCUGGCUGAAAGUACAAGAUUUCAGUAUAUUCAGCCUCGUACACUAAACAAAACAGGUUCAAGUGCCGUUAAUUACAAGACGAUGAGAGAUCCAGCGGUACAAAAGGGAAAGCCGUUACCAGAAAAAGGAACAUGCAAGCAUUACAAACAGAGCCAUCGCUGGCUGAGGUUUCCCUGCUGUGGCCGGGCUUACCCCUGUGACGGGUGCCAUGAUGAGAAUCAAGACCACCCCAUGGAGCUCGCCACCAGGAUGAUAUGUGGCUUCUGCGCCAAAGAACAGCCAUACGGCAAUGGAAAGCCUUGCGUCAGCUGUGGGAACAUGAUGACAAGAGGAGCACGGACCAGCCACUGGGAGGGAGGGUUAGGAUGUAGAAACAAAUCCAAAAUGAACAGAAAUGAUCGACAGAAAUAUGCCAACACCAACAAAACGAUUUCGAGGAAGGCGGCCAGUGAAAAGAAGUGAUUGGCAAAGAAGAGCUUGUUUGGAUUCAUUUGUGAAAUGAGAUUAUGAUACAUAAACAAUGAGUCAAUGAAAUUGAUCUGUUUGCACAAUAAAUGAUCUUAUUUUAA